CCAUGUGAUGUGAGCGUGGAGUUUUCUGGCAGCCCGGCUGAAUGAGGACCAUAAUCCUUUUCGGAAAUCAUUCUAAAACGGAACUAUUCGCAAUAAACAUGAAAUUAAAAGCAUGUUGUAGUAAUGAUCCAAAAGGAAUGUGAAUUCUUCUCCAGGACAUGCAGAGACCUGUGGACGAACUAUUUCUAGAUUCUUGCUCCAGCUUUCCUGAGACAUUUUGGGGUUCCUCAUAAUGACUGCAUGGACCAAGUAGUCUAACUGGAUCCCUCCUUGAGCUCCUCUGGAUGCUAGAUUGAUCCACACAAUCCUUAGACAAAUUUCAACAACAACAUUGGCACAGUGGUUAAGAAUGAGGUCUCUAGAACUUGGUCAUCUAAGUUAAAUCUCUGGUUCUGCCACCAUUAGCUCUUUGGUCAGAAUGAUCAAGAGGCACUUAAGUGUGGGUCAGCAAACAUGGGCUCUCCUCCGCAAGAACUUUCUGAAGAAAUGGAGGAUGAAGAGAGAGACCUUGUUGGAAUGGUUUUUCUCGUUUCUUCUAGUAUUGUUUGCAUACCGACUUUCCUCCAAUUUACAUCAAGUUAAUGACUUUCCUCAAUUGCCUGCAAUGAAUCUGGGACGUGUAGAUAACUUUAAUGACUCUAAUUAUGUGAUUGCAUUUGCCCCUGAAUCUAAAACAACCCAGGAGAUCAUGGAAAAAGUGGCUUCAGCCCCAUUCAUGAAAGGAAGAAGAAUCAUGGGGUGGCCAGAUGAGAAAAGCAUGGAUGAUUUGGAUUUAAACUACUCUAUAGAUGCAGUAAAAGUCAUCUUUAAUAAUACAUUCUCAUAUCAUCUGAAGUUUGUCUGGAGUGGGAGAAUCCCCAAGAUGAAUGAACACAAAGACCAUUCAGCUCAUUGUCAAGUAAUGGAUGAAAAAAUCACAUGUGAAGGUUCCAUGUUCUGGGAGAAAGGUUUUAUAGCUUUUCAAGCUGCCAUUAAUGCUGCUAUUAUAGAAAUCACAACAAAUCAUUCAGUGAUGGAAGAGCUGAUGUCAGUCACUGGUAUAAACAUGAAGAUAUUACCUUUUGUUGCCCAAGCAGGAGUUGCAACUGAUUUUUUCAUAUUCUUCUGCAUUAUUUCUUUUUCCACAUUCAUUUACUAUGUAUCAGUCAAUGUUACACAAGAAAGACAAUACAUUAAGUCAUUGAUGAUGAUGAUGGGCCUUCGAGAAUCAUCCUUCUGGCUCUCCUGGGGUUUGAUGUAUGCUGGCUUCAUCUUUAUUGUGGCUACUUUGAUGGCUCUUAUUACAAAAUCUGCCCAAGUUGUGGUCCUAACUGGCUUCAUGGUGGUCUUCACCCUCUUUCUCCUCUAUGGCCUGUCUUUGAUAACUUUAGCUUUCCUGAUGAGCGUGUUGAUAAAGAAACCUUUCCUUACUGGGUUGGUUGUCUUUCUCCUUACUGUCUUUUGGGGGAGUCUGGGAUUCACUGCAUUGUACAGACAUCUUCCUGCAUUUUUGGAAUGGACCUUAUGUCUUCUUAGCCCUUUUGCUUUCACUGCUGGAAUGGCCCAGCUUAUACAUUUGGACUAUGAUGUGAAUUCUAACAUCCAUUUGGAUUCUUCUGACAACCCAUACCUAAUAAUAGCUACUCUUUUCAUGUUGGUUUUUGAUGGUCUUCUGUAUUUGGCUUUGACAUUAUAUUUUGACAAAAUUUUGCCCACUGAAUAUGGACAUCGACAUUCUCCUUGGUUUUUCCUGAAUUCCUCUUUUUGGUUUCAACACCAAAGGGCUGAUCAUGUGGCCCUUGAGAAUGAAAUAGAUUCAAAUUCUUCAUCCAAUGACUCUUUUGAACCGGUGUCUCCAGAAUUCCAUGGGAAAGAAGCCAUCAGAAUAAGAAAUCUUAAGAAAGAAUAUAGAAAAGGAAAACGUGAAAAAGUAGAAGCCUUGAAAGGUCUGGUAUUUGACAUAUACGAAGGCCAGAUCACUGCCCUCCUUGGUCACAGUGGAGCUGGGAAAACCACCCUGUUGAACAUGCUCAGUGGACUGUCCCUCCCAACGUCAGGUUCGGUCACCAUCUAUAACCACACCCUUUCAAAAAUGGCUGACUUGGAAAGCAUCAGCAAGCUCACUGGAGUCUGUCCACAAUCCAACGUGCAAUUUGGCUUCCUCACUGUGAAAGAAAAUCUGAGGCUUUUCGCUAAAAUAAAAGGGAUUCAGCCACGUGAAGUGGAACAAGAGAUACAACAAGUUUUAAGGGACUUGGAGAUGGAAAAUAUUCAAGAUAUUCUUGCUCAAAAUUUAAGCGGUGGACAAAAAAGGAAACUAACUUUUGGGAUUGCCGUUUUAGGAGAUCCUCAGGUUUUGCUGUUGGAUGAACCAACUGCUGGGUCAGAUCCUCUUUCAAGGCACCAUGUAUGGAACCUCCUAAAAGAGAGGAAAUCCAAUAGAGUCAUUCUCUUCAGUACUCAGUUCAUGGAUGAGGCUGACAUCCUGGCUGACAGGAAGGUGUUUAUAUCCAAUGGGAGACUGAAGUGUGCAGGCUCUUCUCUAUUCCUGAAGAAGAAAUGGGGCAUUGGCUACCAUUUAAGUUUGCAUCUGAAUGAAAUGUGUGAUCCAGACAGUAUAACAUCACUUGUUAAACAACACGUCCCUGAUGCCAAAUUAAGGGCACAGAGUGAAGAAAAGCUUGUAUAUAUUUUGCCUUUGGAGAGGACAAACAAAUUUCCAGAUCUUUACAGGGACCUUGAUAGAUGCUCUAACCAAGGCAUUGAGAAUUAUGGCGUUUCCAUGACAACUUUGAAUGAAGUGUUCUUGAAAUUAGAAGGAAAAUCAGCUAUUGAUGAAUCAGAUGAUGAAAUUUGGGGAGAGUUACAAAGUAAUAGGACAAAAGACACAGGAAGCCUUGUUGAGCUGGAACAAGUUUUGUCUUCCUUUAAGGAAACAAAGAAAUCCACCCGGGGCAUGGCUCUCUGGAGACAACAGCUCUCUGCAGUAGCAAAAGUUCGCUUCCUCAAGUUAAAGAAUGAAAAAAAAACCCUGUUGACCAUAUUAUUACUUCUUGGCAUCAGCUUUUGCCCUCAGCUUUUAGAGCAUCUAUUCUAUGAGUUAUAUCAAAAAAGUUAUUCUUGGGGACUGACUCCUGAUAUGUACUUCCUCUCACCGGGACAACCGCCUCAAGCUCCUCUGACCCACUUACUGGUCAUCAAUAAAACAGGGUCAAGUAUUGAUAACUUUAUACAUUCACUGAGGCAACAGAACAUAGCUUUGGAAGUGGAUGCCUUUGGAACCAGAAGUGGCCCAAACGAGACAUCGUACAACGGUGCUAUCACUGUGUCAGGUGAUGGCGAGGAUCACAGAUUCUCAAUAGCAUGUAAUACCAAAAGGCUGAAUUGCUUUCCUGUCCUCAUGGAUAUCAUCAGCAAUGGGCUACUUGGAAUUUUUAAUUCUUCAGAACGCAUUCAGACUGAUAGAAGCACAUAUUUCGAAGAGCACAUGUCUUAUGAGCAUGGGUACCUGAGCAACUCCUUCUUCUGGAUCCCGGUGGCAGCCUGUUUCACUCCAUACAUUGCAAUGAGCAGCGUCGGUGACUAUAAAAGAAAAGCUUACUCCCAGCUAUGGAUUUCAGGCCUCUACCCUUCUGCUUACUGGUUUGGCCAGGCGCUGGUGGAUAUUCCCCUCUACUUCUUGAUCCUCCUUCUGAUGCAAAUAAUGGAUUACGUUUUUAGCCCAGAUGAGAUUAUAUAUAUAAUUCAAAACCUGUUAGUUCAGAUCUUGUGUAGUAUUGGAUAUGUCUCAUCUCUGGUUUUCUUGACAUACGUGAUUUCAUUCAUUUUUCGCAAUAGGAGAAAAAAUAGUGGUAUUUGGUCAUUUUUCUUCUUAAUUAUCACCAUCUUCACAAUAGUUGCUACAGAUAUAAAUGAAUACGGAUUUCUAGGGUUAUUUCUCUGCACUAUAUUAAUACCACCUUUCUCACUGAUUGGUUCUCUGUUCAUUUUCUCUGAGAUUUCUCCUGACUCCGUGGAUUACUUAGGGGCUUCAGAACAUCAAAUCGUGUUCUUGGCACUGCUAAUACCUUACCUUCAUUUUUGCAUUUUCGUUUUUGUUCUCCGGUGUCUGGAAGUGAACUUUAGAAAGAAAUCAAUGAGAAAAGAUCCCGUGUUCAGAAUUUCCCCAAGAAGCAGUGGCAUUUUCCCAAACCCAGAAGAACCCGAAGGAGAGGAGGAAGAUGUUCAGAUAGAAAGAAGGAGAACUACAAACGCUAGGACCAUUGCAGACUUUGAGGAGAAACCCGUCAUCAUUGCUAGCUGUCUGCGGAAGGAAUAUACAGGCAAGAGGAAAGACUGCUUCGCCAAGAGGAAGAAAAAAGUGGCCAUAAGAAAUGUCUCUUUCUGUGUUAAAAAAGGUGAAGUUAUAGGACUCUUAGGACACAAUGGAGCUGGCAAAAGUACAACUAUUAAGAUGAUAACUGGGGAUACAAAUCCAACCGCAGGACAGGUGAUUUUGAAAGGGAGCAGUGAGGGGGAUUCCCUCGGGUUCCUGGGAUACUGUCCUCAGGAGAACGUGCUCUGGCCCAGCCUGUCAGUGAGGGAACAUCUGGAGGUCUUCGCUGCCAUCAAAGGGAUGGAGAAAGGGGAUGCCACAGUCAGCAUCACACGGUUGGCGGAUGCGCUCAAGCUGCAGGACCAGCUGAAGCAGCCUGUGAAGGCUCUAUCCGAGGGAAUAAAGAGGAAGCUCUGCUUCGCGCUGAGCAUCCUGGGAAACCCGUCGGUGGUGCUUCUGGAUGAGCCCUCCACCGGCAUGGACCCCGAGGGGCAGCUCCAAAUGUGGCAGGCAAUCCGGGCCACCUUUAGGAACACAGAGAGGGGCGCCCUCUUGACCACCCACUACAUGGCAGAGGCUGAGGCCGUGUGUGACCGCGUGGCCAUCAUGGUGUCUGGAAGGCUGAGGUGUAUUGGUUCCAUACAACACCUGAAAAGCAAAUUUGGGAAAGAUUAUCUGCUCGAGUUGAAGGUGAAGAACCCCGCCCAGGUGGAACCCCUCCACAGUGAAAUUCUGAGACUUUUCCCCCAGGCUGCUCGGCAGGAAAGGUACUCCUCCCUGAUGGUCUAUAAGUUGCCCGUCAAGGACGUGUGUCCUUUAUCGCAAGCUUUCUUCAAAUUAGAGAUAGUUAAACAGAACUUCAACCUGGAGGAGUACAGCCUCUCCCAGUCCACCCUGGAGCAGGUUUUCCUGGAGCUCUCCAAGGAGCAGGAGCUGGAUGACUUUGAUGAAGAACUUGACUCUUCGGUGAAGUGGAAGCUCCUCCCACAGGAAGACCCUUGAAGUCCCAAAUACCCUAUUUUUUAAAAAAAUCUUAUGCCUCUUUUUAAAUAUAAUAUUUUAUAUCAUUAAUAUAUCUUAUCUCAGAUAGGAUACAAAAUGCUUUUGGAAUUCAUGUCACCAUUUUUCUCAAUAACAUGACGUCUAUCAGGACUAAGGAGAAAAGUCAGUGAGAACAGUCUUGAAACUGACCAUGAGGGCCUCUGUGCCAACGACUAAACCCCACAUGUCAGAGGGAAGUAAAUUAAAAAUGCAUUUGUUGCAAAAUGUUUGGGUUUCUCAAGAUGAUACAGAGAUUGCUUUAUUUUCUUUGUUUGAACAUCAAAAUAUUGAAUAUUUUCUUAUCCUUUUGAAUGAAGUAAAGACAAAGACCUAAUCUUGAUUUAGCGGGGAGAGAGCCAGUGAAUGCGGAAUAACAUGGUAUUUGCUUUUUUUUUUAAAGUUUUUAUUUAAAUUACAAUUAGUUAACAUAAGUGUAAUAUUAACUUCAGCUGUAUAAUACAAUGACACAGCACUUUCAUAAACAUGCACCGCUCAUCCCAGCAAGUAUUUGCUUUCUGUAAUUCAGAGUUUGUUUGGUUCUUUUUUUUUUUUUAAGCUUAUUCAUAACACAUGGAUUUUCCUUUUCUGUCAUUUUUCACAUUUUAUAUUGUACAGUCUAUGUUCUGUCUGUUGGGACUAUCAAGGAAUUUGAAAACCUGUUAAAAUAAGUAGUUUCAGUAAGAAUUUGAAUAAUCAAGUUGAUGGAAGUUUAAAAAUGAUGUAUCUCACAAUUUUGAAGCAUAUUUAUGAUUUGAUAGGUUUUCUUAUGAUGUAAAGGUAUAGCAGAUCUUAAUUUCUCAUGUUUAUGUGUCUUAAGACUUCUUUAACUGGUGACCCUCUAAACACCUUAAAAUCUGUGCAAUAUACUUGUAUAUUCUUAUUUAUGUAAGUUUUUUGUUGAUGUUCUUGCUACUGUUGUUGUUGUUAGCUCUUAUGGACUGAAUUGUGUUCUCCCAAAAUUCAUAGGUUAAAGCCCUGAAGUCCAGUGUGGUUGUUUUUGGAGAUAGGGCCUUUAAGGAGUCAGAAGUUCAGUGAGGUCAGAAGAUUGGGGCCUUAAUCCAAUAGCACUGGUAUCUUUACAAAAAGGGAACGAGAUCCCCUAUCUCUGUGCACUCACGGUAAAGAUCCCAUGAGGACACAGCGAGCUGGCUACCCACAAGCCAGGAAGAGAGACAUCACCAGAAACCAAGUUUUCUGACACCUGGCCUGGGAGUCACCAUUUGGAGAUGAGUUGUCUGCAGAGCUCCAGGACCAUGCAGGACCGAGUCAUGAAACACACAGCUAUGCAGAGUGCAACAGAAAACCAAAAAAAUGAAACCCCUACAAAACACUGUGGUUUUGAGCUGCUGAGGUUAAGGAGACAGUGGGGUUGUUUGUUACAACAGACAGUCAAUGUUACAUUGACUCAGAUCAUGCCAGGAAAUGGGUGGGGACAAAACCCUGGAGUAUUUCUUGAUGGAACUUCCAAAGACUAUUCUAAGCAGCCUGUUCCCAGUCCCUGCCUGAAUCUACUCUACAAGCAUGACCCUUCCUUCACUUUCAACCCACUUGUGCCACACCAUCCUGUGUGGUGUGGCAUCCAAGUAUAGGCAAACAACAGUAACUUCCAACCCAAGACAGGAUGCCUCUGGGUGAGUCUACCCUUCUUUGUAUUGUGAAAAUCCAAGAAGGGAUGACCUGAGAUAUACAAAGUUAUACUGAGUGAAUGUUUGGAGUAUUUGAAGUUGAAAGUAAGAAUAAAUUAUUCCAAGGGAUUAUUAAAUGAAAACAUCACAGUGAUUAUGAAUAAGUAAUCUUAAUGAGAGUGGAUUUAUUUUUUUCAUCCUAGCUGUGCUUUUCUCAACAACGGCACUGUUAAUGUUUUGUGCCAGAUAAUUCUUUGUUGGGGGAGGGAGAAAGGAGAGGCUAUCCUGUGUAUUGUAGAAUAUUCAAUGGCAAUUCUGAUCUGUACCCACGAGGUGACAGUAGCAAUCGCCACGUGAGUGUGACAAUCAAAAACGUCUCCAGAUAUUGUCUAAAUCAAAUUAUACGUCCUUAAAUUGACUGCUUGGUAAUUUUAUGAUCUUGGAGCAAAGUAAAAAAUGAAUCAAAGACA